UCGUGUCACCCACCGGCAGAGAGGGCACGGCGGCUGAGAUUAUGUGAUCACAGUCAGUGAUUAUCUGUGCAUGUAACAUGUAGUUUUAUCGGUUUUUUUGCUGUCUUUUCGGUGGAAAUGUUGAUUGUCCUGCAGGUCGUUUGACGCCAAAUGAGACACUUGGAUUUAAAUCAGGCGCAGAGGGCUGCGGGAGAUGAUGAGAGGCGGAGGUGAAAUUCAGGGGGCUUGUGGCAGAUUGCAGAGGAUCUCUCUCAACAACCAGCCAAUCACAGUGGGAAGGGGAAUCUAAGGUCAGCGCUCUGGAAUGGAUUCAUACGGAUCUUCACUCAAUCGCAGCCAAUCGCUGACAAGCGGCCUGGAGAAGUCUUCACCAACGUGGAAACCGUCCCACUCUAGGAGCAGCAGCACUCUGUCAUCUCGCCACUCCAGACAGAUCAUCAAAGACUGGGAAGUGAUUGACGACCCUCAGGCAGAAAUGCAUGCAGGAGGUGACAACCCUCAGGAUAUGACCACCCCAGGCAUCUGUGAAGGAUAUCUCCUCAAGAGGAGGAAGUGGCCUCUGAAAGGUUGGCACAAGCGAUACUUUGUGUUGGAAGCAGGGAACUUGCGUUACUCCAAAAGUCAACAUGAUGUCUCCAGAGGACGAGUCCAGGGCUCUCUAGAUCUGAGCUUCGCAGUCAUGUCGAUAAACAAGAAGUCAAAUCGGAUUGAUUUGGAUGCAGGGGACAUUCUUUAUCACAUGAAGGCAAAGAGCCACGAACUCUUCUACAUUUGGGUGACCAAACUACAAGCCCACCGCCAGUACAAGAAGAACGAGGCAGCUCACGUUCACAGCAGCCUCCUCCAGACUUUGUCCCAAGGCACUGUGGCCGGACAUGAGCAGAGAAAUGGAGAUCUGAGCUCUGCAGGCAUGGUGGAUUCAGCAGGAGCUCCAGCACUCGUGCUGCCGUCAGAUAACACAGCUGUGAACAGCAAAGUGUCGGCCUGGCUGCAGCAAAGUCACGACCCAGACACCUGUGUCCAAGAGCUGAACCGUUGCUGUGUGGACCUUUCUGAGCUAAACCGCUUAAUCCAGAGGCUGCAGCUGCUGGAGGCCGGCCAGGCUUUCACUAACGGAGACCUGAAGCGCAUCAUCAGCACACAGAAUCUGUCGCUUGAGAAGCCGAAGAAGUCGAGGUCGGGGAAGAUGUGGGGCCACUCUCGCACAUUAUCCAGAGUGGAGGCCCUGGGAAUGGUAAGAAUGCCUAUUCGUGGGAUUACUAAAUCGCUGUCCUCCAGUCACCUGAACAGCUCGCCUCACCUGGGUACAUCAGUCCCCUCUAUCCCUGAAUACGUCUACUCCCAGCUGUCCCCUCCUACUGUCACGUCGCCUGAGGGCAAGAAAAUCCAGCAGGACAUCUGCGCCAUGUCGCUAAGAGUGCUUGCCUCCCUGAAGACAGUACAUGAAACUCUGUCCCAGGAGAGGCAGAAAAUGCAGGAAGUCUGGGAAAGUAACAACAUCCACCAGUCUAACACAUUAGCUGAGCCUGCAGUGGUGAGGCGCUCAUCCCACGGGCCUCCAUCAGUAGCAGACUCGGCUGCGGAGUAUUUUGACGCCAGCGAUGACAUCCUUUGUGGCAGUUCUUCUGAGGUGUCUGAUGAAUCAGGACUUAGUGAUGGAAGCACCACCAACUCUGAGCCAGAGGAAGGACAUGCAUCGGCCACCAGGAAGUACCGUGCUAGCAUCUCCAAGUCUCCUAACAGUGUCGUUCCCAAGAGCACCGGCCGGCGAACUAAGCUGCCUGCUCACUGUCCUGACAACAGCCACGUGGGCCUCAUGGCCAUCCUCUACAAUAACAUAGGUAAAGACUUGGCUCGAGUGUCCAUGCCUGCUCCUCUCAAUGAGCCUGUUAACCUGCUGCAGAGACUGUGUGAAGAGCUGGAGUACAGUGAGCUGCUGGAUACUGCCAACAACACAGCAGACCCCUACCAGAGGAUGAUUUACAUUGCUGCCUUUGCCAUCUCUGGUUACUCUACCGCAACGUUCAGAAACCGCUACAAGCCCUUUAACCCGGUGCUGGGGGAGACCUACGAGUGCAUCAGAGAGGACCGGGGCUUUCGCCUCAUCAGCGAGCAGGUCUGCCAUCAUCCCCCCAUCUCUGCCUGCCACGCAGACUCAGACAACUUCUCCUUCUGGCAAGACCAGCGAUGGAAAAAUAAAUUCUGGGGGAAGUCACUGGAGAUUCUGCCGACAGGAAUGGUGAAUGUCACUCUCCCAAGGUAUGGAGACCACUAUGAGUGGAACAAAGUAGUGACCUGCAUCCAUAACGUGCUCAGUCAGCAGCGCUACCUGGAGCACUACGGAGAGGUCACUAUUCGCAACCUCAAAAGUAACAUCUGCACCUGCAAGAUUACCUUCGUCAAGUCUCGUUACUGGGGUUCAGACACGAACAAGAAUGAGGUGCAGGGGACGGUGCUGGACCAAAGUGGGAGCGUCAUUCACCGGUUCGGAGGUCUGUGGCAUGAAGGCAUCUUCUGCGACACUCUGCCCACGCCGCAAUGUGUCUGGAAGCCAAAUCCCCAGCCAAAGGAUUACCAGCUGUACUAUGGCUUCUCUACUUUUGCCAUGGAGCUGAAUGAGCUCACCCCAGACCUGCUCCCUCUCCUGCCCCCUACAGACAGCCGCCUGCGCCCAGACCAAAGGAUGCUGGAGGAAGGAAAGGUGGAUGAAGCAGACAAAAAGAAAGAUGACAUAGAGGAGUUUCAGAGGGAGCGAAGAAAAGAGCUCAUCAAAAGAGGGGAAGAACAUGUUCCACGCUUUUUCAAGAAAGCCAAAGAUUCCUGUGGACGGGACGUGUGGUUGACCAACGGAACAUACUGGAAGCUCAGAGAGAAUCCAGGUUUUGCUAAUAUUGAGAACACAGCUAUGUGGUGAUGAGACGACAGCGACGAGCAAUGCCAGACAAAAAAACACACGAGAGAGAGAGAGAUUGAAAAAUAUCAGUAAUUGAUAUUUGAGCAGCGUGUAUGAACUGCUCUAGGAAAUGUGCAGAGUGGAGAGAGUGCUGCUGAUCUCUUCUCAUUCUUUCUGAGCGCCCAUGACUGGCUCAUGGGAAACCUCCCUACCUGGCCGUCCCUUCAGACCAGUGAAGUCACUCAGCAUCCAGUGCAGGUGAAGAAAGACUUUCUCAUCAAGAUGGAUUUUCUAAUGCAUUUAAAACAUUUUUUAGGCUACUUAAAUAACCGCAUAUAUCUGUCUAUUUUUGGGAAUUUCUAUGGAAAAAUUGUUUCUGCAGAAAAGACUGAUCAUGUGACACACACUCUGCAGACAUUAACAUGAAAAAAUGACUUGAGAUGACAAUGAAAUCUCGUUUAAAGUGUAUAUAUUAGUGUGUUAAAUGUAAACAGUCAAUCAAAUCAUGUCCUACUCAACCGGUUUACUGCAUUUUAUGAUGAGAACAACUGAAUGUUGGAACGUACUGAAGUCAAUGCUACGGUCAGGGUGCAACUGCCCCAGGGCCCCAGACCCAUGAGGGGGCCAGUUGGUUUGUGGUAAUUUGAUUUAUUGAAGAUUUGUUUGGGAAUAUGCACCACUAAGGUACUUCUGAAACUGUGUAUUAUUCUAUGUGAGUUGGCUGUUUGGCCACAUGCAACCGCACUUUUGGGCCCCCGAAACUUUCUUUGAAACUGGAGUCCAGGGUGAAGUUUUUGGAAGACUCCGGUGCCAGUGGUUGUGUGUAGAUAGGAUAACCACAGUAUUUUAUUACGUGUCUCCAAUGUUUGAAGUCAGAGUGACGGUAAAUAGCUAGUGAAAUGGCAGACCAAACAAACAUGCCGGUGCUAACUUUAUUUGUGAGCAUGCUAUCUGCUGUCUUUGGAUGGCAUAUCCAGCUGCUUGACCUAACGACCAACGAAGGAGGCAGCUCCUGUUGCUAGCUACCCCAACUGCACUACCACGAAAGCAGCGAUGGGCCUGCCAACGGAGGUUCUGGAUCUGGACCUCCGUUGGCAGGCCCGUCGCUGCUUCCGUGGUAGUGCAGUUGGUCGUUCAGGUGCCUCUGCUGUUGAAUUAGGUCGCGUUAUUUUUGUGGAUCGGGUUGUUUUUAUUUUCCGCACUUCCCUAUUUCGGUAUUGACUCUGACUUCUGAUUGGUUAAAAUGGCCUUUCCAUUUUACCGAAUUUACAUCGCCACCUACUGCUUUGUCAUGUGUAUUACAUCACUUGGUAGCAGCUUUUGCGGCUUCGUGUGGAUAUCAUAUUUUUUAUCACACCACUCGUGUGAAACCGGGGCCCGAAAAAAUUCGCAUUCAGAAGUACACGGGUCUGUGUGGACUAGGCCUAAAUUACAAUAAAGAUAAAGCAGCUAUUAUAGAUAUUUUUACCAUAAUGGACAGAUUUUUCCCUCAGGAGUUGGUGGAGACCAAAAACAGAGCUAAAAGAAAGUGGAUGUUGGACUUACAUCCAUCAGGUGGACACAAACAUGACUCUAAAUGAAUGAUAAGAGCUGCAACAACUAGUCGAGUGACAGAAAAUUAAGCGGCUGCUGUUCUGAUAAUUGAUUAUAAUUAUAAUUGUCAUUUUUUAAAACAUUUUUAUGUGACAAAGAAUUGGAUGAGGAGAGGCACGUUGUUGAGGUUGAGGAAUAUCCUGAGCUAAAUGACCCACAAUCCCGUCAUUGUAAGGACAACGGCCAAAAAGAUAUUGCCUGGUGAGUCAUAGCUCCAGAGAUCGGCUCUUCACGUGAGAAAUCAAAUUUAAUUCAGGGCUCUUCACACAUGUUUUUAAGCUAAUGCCAAGGUGGAGGAAGUACAGAUCUUCCAGCAAAAGUAAUAAUAACUUGCUUGGUGCAUAUGCCUAAACAAAUUUGUGUUCUCCCAGAUUAUUUCCUUACAGGUAGGAAAUAGCUCCCUUGCAGGCUGAUCCAGCCACAGCUACAGUAUAUUUACUACGUAUCUAGAGGUGCACCAGUACUGAUGAAAUGCAUAUGAAGUACUCAAACUUGGUAUCUGUGACUUUCACAUUACUGAGACGAGGUAAUGAUAACAUUUAAGACAGUAUCUGUCUAAAUACUUUGAUCAUUGCUAACAUCGAUCAAAUGCUGGUGAAACAUCUACAUUUAUUUGAUAUUUUUGAACAUUUAUUAUUUAAGAAAUAACAAUAACCAACACUCAGUAUAUACACAUAUUUACAAGAGAAGAUAUUGUACGUAUUUUUAUGUCAUUUAUGGUAAGAAAAAUAUCCAGCUGGUUGGAAACAUACACGCUGUAUUUAUACAGUAAAUUAAACUGCUGACAUCACAACUGUGUUUUUAUUUUUCAGUGGGAUCAGUUUAUUAGCUGCAGAUGUGAGUAAGACUUGUUUGAAAAAGAUUAAAAUUAAUUCACAUAUCAUUUUUUAAUGAAUUGGAUUUGCAACAUUUUGAAAAGCUGCUUUGUUCAGUCGAUUAAAAAAAAUCCUACCUGCAUCAAAUAAAAACAAACUCACCAAAACAGCAGAGAUUUGUCAUGUGUAAGCUUUAAUUUCAUGAAUAAAAAAACAACAAUACAAUACACAAUUAUGCCACCUUUUUAAUAAAUAACAAUUUUCCCCAUUCA